GCGGAGAGAGAGACCGGAGAGGACAGCUAACACGUAGCCACAGCUAGCUCACAGCUAGCUCAUCCGCUAGCCCACCAGCUAGCCCACCAGCUAGCCCUUCAGCUAGCCUGUCCGCUAGCCUGCACGUCGUACGAGGCUGCAGCGGGAAGCUAACUAGAAGCUAACUAGAAGCUACCAGUGGAAGCUAACUAGAAGCUAAGUGGAAGCUACCUGGAAGCUAACUAGAAGCUAAGUGGAAGCUACCUGGAAGCUAACUAGAAGCUAAGUGGAAGCUACCUGGAAGCUAACUAGAAGCUAAGUGGAAGCUACCUAGAAGCUACCUAGAAGCUAAGUGGAAGCUACCUGGAAGCUACCUAGAAGCUACCUAGAAGCUACCUAGAAGCUACCUAGAAGCUAACUAGAAGCUAAGUGGAAGCUACCUAGAAGCUACCUGGAAGCUACCUGGAAGCUACCAGCGGGUCCCUGCGGAGGGAGCGGCCGCAGAGAGAGAGAGACUGGCCCAACAGAAGAGCCAGAGAGCAGCAGGGAGGAGGACCAGCUCCUGCAGCCGGGACAAGCUCACAUAGAAAGCAAACGCCGCCAUCGCGCCUCACACAGCCAUGAGUAUUGAGAUACCGGUGGGGUUGACGGAGCUGCUGCAGGGCUACACUGUGGAGGUGCUGCGACAGAGGCCGUCAGACCUGGUGGACUUUGCAGUACAGUACUUCACCCGUUUGCGGGACACCAGAAGCCAGGAUGGGGCCGGUGCCGGGGGCAAGACGGGGAAAGGAGUGAUGUUUGAUGGGGAGCCAAUGCAAACAGAGUCCAACGGAGAUGAUGACGAUGACGAAGAUGAUGAUUCGGACUUUGAGCCUCCACCACCCAGCAGAUUCAACAGGAGAGUGUCAGUGUGUGCGGAGGCAUUCAACCCAGACGAUGACGACGAGGACACGGAGCCCAGGGUGGUUCACCCCAAAACAGACGAACAGCGCCUCAGACUGCAAGAGUCCUGCCGAGACAUCCUACUGUUUAAAACACUAGACCAGGAGCAGUUCUCGGAGGUGCUGGACGCCAUGUUUGAGUUACGGGUUCAGCCCCAUGAUCACGUCAUCGACCAGGGCGACGAUGGAGACAACUUCUACGUCAUCGAGAGGGGGGUGUAUGACAUAGUGGUAAUGGGAACAACGGUGGGUCAGUAUGACAAUAAGGGCAGCUUCGGGGAGCUGGCACUCAUGUACAACACGCCACGCGCCGCCACCAUCGUAGCCACCCAGGAGGGGGCGCUAUGGGGACUGGACCGGGCCACGUUUCGUAGACUCAUUGUGAAGAACAAUGCCAAGAAGAGGAGGGUGUACGAGACUUUCAUCGAGUCCGUGCCCUUACUCAAGUCACUGGAGGCAAACGAGAGGAUGAAGAUUGUGGACGUUUUAGGAUCGAAGCAGUUCCCUGAGGGGGAGCGCAUCAUCACACAGGGAGACAAGGCUGACUGCUUCUAUAUAGUAGAAUCUGGGGAGGUCAAGAUCAUGAUGAAGAGUAAAACGAAGGCAGGCCAUGCAGACAAUGCGGAGGUGGAGCUAACGCGCUGUAGCAGGGGGCACUACUUUGGGGAGCUGGCCUUGGUCACUAACAAGCCCCGGGCCGCCUCAGCCUACGCAGUGGGCAAUGUCAAGUGUGUGGUAAUAGACAUUCAGGCGUUUGAGCGCCUCCUGGGUUCCUGUAAGGAGAUCAUGAAGAGGAACAUCGCCCACUAUGAGGAGCAGCUGGUGGCCCUGUUCGGCUCCAGCAUGGACCUGAGAGACUGAGCCUCCCACACCACCCUCCGUGCCUUCUAUUACAAACACACACACACACACACACACACACACACACACACCACACACACACACACCGUCAUUUGUCCUUUCUCAUAUCAUGCAGUGGCUAAACAGACUCAUAAUAAGCUUUACACAGAGUGUAAGAACAAAUGAGGAAUUGUUCUUGGCUACAAGUACAUAAAACCCCACACAGUAUGGACACUCGCACACACACACACACACACACACAUAUACACACACACACACACUCCACACACACACACACAUAUACAUGUAUAAUGACACCUAUGUAGGUACUGAGAGAUGCCCACUUCACUGCUCAUCCUCGUGCACAUACUAGUUCAACACACUCAUUAUUGGCUCACAGGGACACACAAACACGCACACACAGAGCAAGCUACAGGCCACACACCUCAUUGCUUGAGCCAGCUCAAACCUCUCAGUAUGAAUAUCUUUGCUGCAAUGACCUAAAUACAGGUGACGCAGUGUAAGGACAGAACACACACAUGCUUCACAUGUGCAGGCUUUGUAUUCACAUGAGCUUACACACAACUUAAACAAAGUUGUUCCAACAAGCCUCAGCAAAGGACACAUCAACACACACACACACACACACACACACACACACACACACACACACACACACACACACACACACACACAGGUACAGAUACAUAUGCUCAAAAAACAUAUAGGCAACCACACUUGCAAAAACGGACAUAUUGUGGUAAAAUGGAGACAAGAAACUUUUAAAAUCUCUGAAAAGGAAAAUUAAUCAAAAUGCAAAAAAAGAGCUUUGAUAAAAUAUUAUUUAACUAUAAAAAAAAAAAAAAAAGUGUUUCCUCUUUGGGAGGCCGAGGUGCAGAACUUUGUGAGUGCGCUCCAUUUCUUCCUCUACUGUUGUUGAUUGAGUUGAGUUAGUGCUGGUGAUAAUUGCAGUACCACAGAAGAAGCAGUGAAAACAAUAAAAACCCUACGUUUUCUGGGCCAUUGUUAUUCUAUCAUUGAUGCCACACUUCAUUGUAUUGAAUUAAUUAUUAAUGUAUUGUUAUUAUAUAUUCAUUUAUUAUUUUUUGUUUUACUUUGACCAAUUAUGAUGAAAUUCACCAACCAUCUCUGACGAAAUGUAAAAACAGAAAAAAAAUUAUAACAAAAAACGUUAGUGCUUAUUUCUCCUUGAUUAUCCUUGAAUGAGUUGUCCUGGAUUAUAAAAAAUGAAAAAAAA